UAAUAAUGCACACGAAAUUCAAUUUCAGGCAAAUACGAGAAGCUGUACAAUGCAUAAUAAUCAACAUGUAAAUUAUGAAACAUCAGCACGGACAAGUGAUAUAAAUAAUCGGUCAAUUAACAUGUUGCACGAACGCAUGGAUCGGAUGGAGGCAGAAUUCAAAAGGACGAAUACUUUACUUCAAAAUAUUUUGAAGUGCGUACAACCGAAUAAUCAAGGUGUACCACGAAAGCCUGCAGUUCUCCCAAUAUCAUCUCUAGCCGAAAUGGAUGAUUUCGAAAAUAUGAAUGAAGAUGAUUAUAAUGAUGUCGUGAAUUAUCUUUGUUAUAUAGGCGGCUUUAAUUUAAAAGAGGCAGUAAAUCUGUGUCUAAAAGAGACUUUGAAGGAUACUGUAACACCGUCGUUCACAUGGUGGGGCCGCGAAAAGCGUGAAGGAGCGCAACGGCCAUUAUAUAACGCUCGGUUAAUUAUUGCUAUUUAUGACGCUGUAUGUAAAAACCGGCACUUCCCAAAGCCGACUCGUACGGAAUUUCAAACCCAGGCGAAGGAAGCUCUCCGGGCUGCAAAGGAAAGGGCAAGAACCAAGUUGCAAGGUCCACGUGCACGCAUGCCGGUUCCAAGGAAUCGUAAUUUUUGGAACGACGAGCCCGAACGAGAACAAGAAGAGGAAGCAAAUAACAAUUAAUAAUGUUACAGAUACUCCCCUGGAGACGUUGCUACUCACUCUGCUCACCAACAUAGAGGGAAGGAUGACUAGGUCAUCGCGACGACGUCCACGGAACGAAAGAAGAUACAAUCGGCAUUUUUUAAUGCCAACCGGUCUCGGUAGAUGCUAAGCUGUGUGAGAAAGUAUUUUGUCUCAACUCGGAAUGUAACAUUGAUCCAAGCAAUCGUUAUGUCCAAUGACGCCGGUUUACCAAUAAAACAGAUGAAAAGAUUACGCACAUUAUCGAGAAUCACAUACAUGUAAAGCACCAACCGUACAUGGACGUGACUUUUUAGUGUGUGUAUCUUUACGUCUGUUUUAUGAGUGAACUGCGGGUUCUUUUUAGCACUGCAUACACCGAAACUGAUUUCAAAAUUAGGUGUUGCGGUAUAACGUUUACUUGGCUCGAUUUUACGUAUCUAUUUUGGGAUUAAACCUUCCUCGCACAGCUCUAGUGGAGAUCAAUCAAUCGGCACUUUUCAGUGCCAUUUA